UCGAUACCGUUCAAGGUAAACAUAGGUACCUCCUUGGAUACCAUUUUAAACUGCUAGCUAUGUUCCGAUGUCGAUGACAUAUUUUUCCCAUGGGGCCGCUUCGCUCCUAUAUCUCAUCCCCUUAGCUUUGUUUAUCAUUAUCAAUAUGGGGUAUUUUCAUGCGGUUGGACUAAACUACCUGGUGUUCUUAAUGUCGGCGUCGGCGUCAACAAGUGUUCAAAGCACGAACGCCAUGGGAAACUCGCCCGGUCUACCGAUGGUCAUUAAUACUUGGGGCGGGGCGUUCACUGCAGCUACAGAUGCAGCGUAUCUAUCUCUUCUGAAGCCGGACAUAUCGGCUCUUGACGCCGUCGAGAUCGGCUGUUCUACAUGCGAGGUCAAUCAGUGUGAUGGUAGUGUAGGUUAUGGUGGCUCCCCAGACGAGAACUGCGAGACAACGCUCGAUGCGAUGAUAAUGGAUGGCACAACUCUAAAGUCUGGUGCCGUCGCUGCUCUCCGGCGUAUCAAGGACGCGAUAUCCGUUGCCCGUGCCGUCCUCGAGCAUACGACUCACACACUUAUCGCGGGGGACUUUGCAACUGAUUUUGCCGUGCAAAACGGGUUCACAGCCCAGAACCUCACGACAGAAGCCUCAGCCACGUCGUGCGCCCAGUGGCACGUCGCCAAUUGCCAGCCGAAUUACCGCAUCAACGUGUCGCCCGACCCGGCUUCUUCCUGUGGUCCGUACAAGCCUGUAGCUUUAAGUUCCGACGAUGGGGUAGAAUAUACAGAGGAAUUAAGGCCAAGAGGUAAAGGACCUCCAGAGGGCCACGACACCAUAUCUAUGAUUACGCUACAUGUCUCGGGCAUCAUGGCCGCGGGUACCUCAACAAAUGGAGCUAGUCGAAAGAUACCCGGACGCGUCGGUGAUGGACCAAUUACGGGCAGCGGAUCAUAUGUUGAUGGAGAGGUAGGCGGGUGCGGGGCAACGGGAGACGGGGAUGUUAUGAUGCGUUUUCUACCGUGCUACCAAGCGGUCGAGAGCUUACGGCAGGGAAUGAGUCCCGGCGAGGCUGCUGAGGAUGCGGUAAAGAGAAUGCUGAGAAAAUACCCGGAAGUGCAGAGCGGCAUCGUGGUUGUGAAUAAUAAAGGCGAGCAUGGCGGCGCUGGAUCCGGUUGGACUUUUACGUACUCGUAUCGAGGAGGCGGGAUGAAUGAGACAGCUGUGGUGAGCGUGCCGCCUAUUGAGUCUUACAAGCGUUGAUUUAUGGAAGCGUCAAUUUGAAGAAAUUUCAUUUAAAUAUUAUUGUGUCCAGUGACUUAACCAAUUCCUGAAAAACAUGGCAGCUUCAUUGGCGGACUUGGGUUAUUGUAUCACCUACGGUAAUAUUUAUUUAAAUAUUAAUUACCUAUCCGUUUUUUAACA